GAGCGUGGAUGUUAGUAACAAAACACCAGAAAGUCAUCAGGCGAGUGACGAGAGAGGUUGCUCCCUCCGAACCCGCAACGGAACCCACACACACAGCCAAGUGUCACGUCAAGAGUAUCAAUCCUUUUGUGUACUUGCUGUCUUUACCAAGCGGGCAUUGCUGUAAUAAGAAGUUGAGAUCACGAGCAGCAGCAUCUGUACACACCGCCGUCGCUCAGUGAGCGAAGGAGCGACGUCCUCGAGACGCGGCGGAGGAGGUGAAGCGGAGUUUGGGAAGCGACCGGGAGUGAAUGGUUGAGCCCAGCCCCCCCACGCUGCAUCUCCAUGCCAACGGGGAUGUUGGCAUGGAGGGUGUUGGUGUCAAACUUGAAGAGGAGGAGUCUAGCGACGGAGGAGGGGCCAUAUCCCGCCACGCUCCCACCAAGCAGUCUCCCUCGUGUGAUUGGUCGGGGCUCCCGUCCGUCGAGGCCCGCCAGCUAACCCCCCCGCUGUCGUGCUCACCCUCGGACGGCUCCCCCAGUAAGGACCUCCCUCUGAGGCAGAGCCCCGUGGACCGGAGGGACGCCGGCGUCUACGGCCGGCCGGAGGGGCGGCCCAUCUUCAGCGAAGUCAUGCCAACGAUCGAGAAGCUACUGAGCACGGACUGGAAGGAGAAGUUUCUGGAAAGAAGUGCCGAGCAGCUCAAAGGUACGCCCGAGUCUCUGGCGGAGAAGGAGAUGCAGCUGCUGGUGAUGAUCAACCAGCUGAGCGGCCUGCGGGAGCAGCUGCUGGGGGCCCACUCGGAGCAGCGCAACAUGGCCGCUCUGCUGCUGGAGAAGCAGCAGCAGCAGAUGGAGCUGGCGCGGCAGCAGCAGGAACAGAUCGCCAAGCAGCAACAGCAGUUGAUCCAGCAACAGCACAAGAUCAACAUGCUCCAGCAGCAGAUCCAGCAGGUCAACAUGCCCUAUGUCAUGAUCCCGGCCUUCCACCCCAGUGCCCAGGCUCUCCAGGUGAACUCUGACCCCCAGUUGUCGAUGCCUCUGCAGCCAAUACCCUGCAAGCCAGCAGUGGACUACCCCAUGCAGUUGCUACAGGGUUCGCACCAGACUCCCGUUAAGAGGAACAGUGGUUCGUUCCGUCAGGAGGCCGGGCAGCCGUUGAACCUGACCUCCAAGCCCAAGGGGCUGGAGCUGGGGAAGACCCCAAGCCCCCAGAGCUUUGAGCUGGGCAUGGCGGGCAUGCAUGGGUCCUACAGGCCGCGGGACGUCCAGAGGGAGCCCUCCCUCAGCCCGGCGCGCUCCGUACUCAGUUUCCUGGGGGAGGGGGAUGUGGUCACACAGGCCAUCCACGACGCCCAGCAGCUCUUGCGGACCCACGGGGUCUCAGGCCGAGGGAAGGACCAGGGAGACCGGAACAGGGAGGGCAGCAAGAUGGAGUACAAGACGGCUGCCCGGGUGGAGAGACGGCCGCCCUCGUCUGACCGCGGUGAGGAUGGGGGCCUCGGCCCGCGGGCCCCUGACGACUGCCUCAGCAGUGAUUCUGAGAGCCCCAUGUCAACCCACGCUGGCGUCGUUGGCGUUGGCGGCGGCGGCGGCUACGUGGACAGCCUCCGCGCUCCUCCCCACCCCUCCUCGGCCUCCUCCUCUGCGUCGGCCGGCCACAUCAAGAGGCCCAUGAACGCCUUCAUGGUGUGGGCCAAGGACGAGCGGCGGCGCAUCCUGCAGGCCUUCCCCGACAUGCACAACUCCUCCAUCAGCAAGAUCCUGGGCUCCCGGUGGAAGUCCAUGUCCAACCAGGAGAAGCAGCCGUACUACGAGGAGCAGGCGCGCCUGAGCCGACAACACCUGGAGCGCUACCCGGACUACAAGUACAAGCCGCGGCCCAAGAGGACCUGCAUCGUGGAGGGCCGCCGGCUGAGGGUGGGCGAGUACAAGGCCAUGAUGAAGAACCGCAGGCAGGAGCAGAGGACGCCCUUCAUCCCCAGCCAAUCAGAGCCCCAGCAGCGGCACUAUGCGCCUAGCGACGGCCAAUACCAGGGGGCCAGCGGGUCCAUGGCGGUGGCGGCCAUGCCCUUCUACCCAGCGCUGCUGGAGCACUACCUCCCCCAGGCCCCGCCCCCCCAGCGCCGGACAGAAGGACAGGCCACGCCCACCCCCGCCACGGUGAGGGAGCGAGAGAGGGAGCGUGAGAGGCUGCCCUACAGCGAGGGGGAGGAGAGCGAUGGCGGGGAGAGGAGCGAGGGGGAGCUGGUGCUGCUCACAGACUGAGGGGGGGGGGGGCAGGGCAGCAGGGGGCUGUGUGACCAGCAGGGGGCUGCGUGACCAGCGGUCAUCAGGGAGAAGGAGAGAAGGCAAAGUGGACGGACGGAGCGAGGAAGAGGCAAGAGGUUGGAUUUGUUCCCAGGAAAAGGCUAUUUUUUCUAGAGAAAAGAUUCUUAGAUAAAUGGAGGAGCCCCUUGUAAAUAAGCAAUUAUCAUUUUUUCCCACACACACACACACACACACACACACACACACACACACACACACACACACACACACACACACACACACACACACACACACACACACACACACACACACACACACACACUCUGAUACUCAAACAUGUUUUUUGUGUUCCCCUUUUCCUUCACAGAAAUCACCAGCUGUUAUGUGUUUAAAGAAAAUGCUGUAGCUUUACUCCUUAAUGCCUUACACUCUGGACAUGCGUGCACCUAAUUGUUUGAGUAUUUCCCUACGGACGUACGCCACCCCGAAGUCUCAAAUUUUGGAGAUAUUAAGUAAAGGCUCUAUGUAGAUACUUCUCUCCCUGUCAUAGAGCUAUGAGGGUGUUAUCAGUGAGCUACUGGAGCCCCCUGCUGGCCAUUUUACAGUAGGCUACUCUCCCACUCAAAGUCUGAAGGCUUUCAUAAAAGAUUUUUAAUUUGUUUUUUAUCCAUUUAAAAUGAGUCAUAUUUUGCAUAGUGUUGUGGAAGGGUUGCAGCACAGUCAAUCAACAACAUAUAAAUAUAUAUGUGUGUGUUUAUGAGUGUUAAUCAUUAAGGUAAAAUUCAGCACCUUCUUUUUGCGUGUCAGGUCUUCAAUGCUUUUUUACUGUUAUUUGCUCGCCAAUGAAUCAGGCUGCAAUCCUAUGGCAACUGUGUGUUUAAAUGAGCAGGGUAGCUCAGCCCCUCUACAUGAACAGCAUUGAAAAUGCUCUCCUUGUUGAACUGUCGCCCCCCAUAUGUCUGAGAGAAGAGGCUACUUCCCCACUUCAAGUCUCAACUGCUGAAUAGGAAGAGCAUUUCUACCGCCAUUGCGGUGACGAUGCACUUAUAAAAUGUUGUUGUGCUGGACAAAGACAUAGGAUAAUUGGUCAGUUGAAUGCUUUAGCAGAGCUGUCGUCAUAGGAACAGACGCUGCCAAUCACCAUGCUUCAGCGAAAGAAAAAAAAGUAGAAGCCGACCAUGGGUGCAUCGCACAUCCUGCUGACUAGAGGGCGCCCCUGAGCCGAUCGGUCCUGCUCAGGGACGUCCUCGCAAGUGAAGUACUCAUUAGACACUGGGUUAUGUGUUUUCAACAUCUGAGGGAACUGUAUAUGACCUGCCUAUACUAUCAUCCCCUGCUGAUGUAAAUAUAGAUAGAGACUUUAUUUUGUUUAUAAGAGCCUGCGUAAUUUAAAGGUGUACAUUUUCUUUGUUUUUUCCAAGUUUUGUGUUGCUGUUGUAUUUUUAUGAAAAAAAAAUAAACUGGUGUUACAUUU